GAGCAUGCUCUGGGCCACUUUGCUGGAGGAGAGACAGGGGAGAGAAGCUGGUAGAGAUGCCUUUGGUCUGAGGCUACGCUGGUGGCUCCCUCCUCCCCUCUAGGUCAGGAUGGAAAAAGAUCCCGCCACCCACAGGAGGCACCGGCCUGGCCCUGGAGCCCUGCCCUCAGGAAUAGCCCCUGGAUACUUCAAGGUGGCCAGCGAGGGGGCUGAACUCCAGAGGAGCAGGAGUGUGGGUGGCUUACACCAGAAGGGGGAUCCACCAGUCUGCAUCAGGAAGCUAUUACGCAAGGAGCUAGACUCUGAGGACCAAGGUAAAGACCCAAGAAGUGACACAGAUGAUACCUCCUGUCAGGUGAACCUAGAGGAAGACAGGAAGAAAAGGAACCAGGAUGAGCCCAGAACGCUGGACCAAAAGUAUGGGAAGUCGGAGCCAGAGAAGAGCGACUCAGAGGCCAGCACCUCAGAAAAGGAUGGUGCCCACAAAGGAAGACGCACCUCAGUGGCCGAGGAGCCAGAGUCCGUGAAGCUGAAUAACCUUCUAGAAAAACAGAAACCAUCUGUGUUUGUGGAGAUCGACCUUGGAGACCAUACUGAGGAGGAGGUAAUCACCUGUGCCUUGAGGGAAGAGAAGAGGCCCCCGAUGGACACAGGGGACUUGUCAGAGGAUGAGACAAGGACCAGCUGGGUGUGCUGCAUCCCAUAUUCCACGAAGAAGAAGGCGAGGGACACUGCCAGUGGUUUGGAAAAGGGCCAGAGUGACAGCAGCCAACGGAGACCCAACGCAGGGACCCUCCUUCAACCCAAGGCCAAUUACAGUCCUAGGAACCAGCUAUUCAAUGGGCUGGCCGCCUCAUCGCUCUCCCAGAACUUAAGCUCCAGCUAAAUGCUCACGAAAGGAAACAGCACAACAGGAAGGCUUCGCUGGAGUUACAAUGGCGUACACAGGCAACCUCCAGGCUGCAGCUGGAGAGGAGAGGGACCAAGGUUACCUCUGAACUGACCCUCCCUGCACCCAUAUCCUUGCACCCCCAGGUCCUGGGCCACAGCCUUCCUUAGUACCUUUACCUGGAAGCCUGGUUCUCUAAGGUACUUGGGGAUAUGAA